GGGUCAUCAGUGACACCAUCUACUCUCUGAUUGGUCAAGCCUCUGAUAGUGGGAAGUACCCGUAUGUACGCCGGUGUCUCCCUGGUUGCGCAAGACGCCAUUUUGGAGUGACAGUGAAAGAUAACGGAAAGAUCGAGAAGCUGUCUCUUUAUAAAGCUUCGUCACCAUGGGGAAUGUAUUUGCAACCUUAUUCAAAGGCCUGUUUGGCAAAAAGGAGAUGAGGAUUCUUAUGGUUGGGCUUGAUGCUGCUGGAAAAACAACCAUCCUAUAUAAACUGAAGCUUGGAGAGAUAGUCACCACCAUUCCCACCAUUGGUUUUAACGUUGAAACUGUAGAAUACAAGAACAUCAGCUUCACAGUGUGGGAUGUGGGCGGUCAGGACAAAAUCAGGCCGCUGUGGCGCCACUACUUCCAGAACACUCAAGGGCUUAUCUUUGUGGUGGACAGCAACGACAGGGAGAGAGUGAACGAGGCGAGGGAGGAGUUGUCCAGAAUGCUCGCUGAGGACGAACUCAGAGACGCCGUUCUGCUCGUUUUUGCAAAUAAACAGGAUCUCCCCAACGCUAUGAACGCUGCAGAGAUCACAGACAAGCUGGGCUUGCACGCCCUUCGCCAGCGCAGCUGGUACAUCCAGGCCACCUGCGCCACCAGCGGCGAUGGCUUGUAUGAGGGCCUGGACUGGCUCUCCAACCAGCUGAAGAACCAGAAAUGAUCCAUUCCACCAGUUUUGUUUUUUGUUUGUUGUUUAUUUUUUCUGUUCCAACACAGCGGCAGCACCGGAUCCAGGCCCCCCCCCUUCGCUCCCAUCGCUCCCAUCUAACCCAACUCUCAACCCCCCCAGCUCUUUCUUUCAACAACUUCCUUCAUCCCUCCCCCCCUCCUGCUUUCGGCCCUCGUCAGUACUCUUGGGGCUCUAGCCUGUGCUGCUUGUGUGUGUGUGUGGGCGUGCGUGUGUGUACCUUGUGUGUUCAGCGAGUGUGUGCGUGUGUGUGUGUGUGUGUGGGUGUGAAGGCGUCUCUGCGUAUGUUGGCUGGGAUUGGGAGUGACCCUGGCGUGCCUUUUACACACCUCCUGUGGAAUCAGCAGUCUGGUUUUCAAGCCCCUCUCUCCAUCCACCAAACUCAGCCUCCGCCCCACUCAGCCUGCCCCCCCACUCCAAGUCUUGCACGGCCCCCCUUCUCCCCCACCCUUACUCUCCAGAGGAAGCAUGGUUUUCAUACGGCAAAGAAAGAGCAAGGGUGCAAGCUCUCCUCCCCCACCUCCCUGUAGUAUAUAUCUAUGUUAACUAGAAACGUUCACCUGAUGUAGACUGAAUGCUAAAUGUUCAUUUUAACCUCCUUUUUGAUUUUGAAACCUCAAACCCACCAGUAAGAGAUUCAGUAAAUUGCAUCUUAACCUGUAUCAGGUCGAAGCAAAUCAAAAAAAUAGAGAAAAGGAAAAAAAAAAAAGGCCCAUCCUCGAUCAUUCUGGUGUCAUUUGAAAAUCAUGCUGUUUGUUUUAUUAUUAUUAUAUUGGAAUAUAACAGAUUAUUCUUAGCAAUGGUUCUCCAAUGAACACUACCUUUCUCCCCCCCAGCAAGCGAGACCGUGAAGCACAAAGCCAACGAUUUAAAUUUAAAAUUAGGAUCUGAGAGUAUAUGCAAUUCGUGUCAAUUAUUUUGGGUAGCUAGCGUUUAAUUCCCUGGAUUCAAUUGGAUUUUGGACCUUCAGUACAAUUCUGACAGUGCUCCUACCACACAGAGUUUUUCCGGUUAACUGAGACAGGUGUCCUGAUACAUUCACAAGCUUCACAUGUUAUUCCUUUAAGAGAUGUUACAUGUGUUUUUGUUUUCUGUAACUAGUUUUAGCAUUUCUAUUUGUACUUUGACUGCUGAACCAAAUGCAUUUGAGCAGUAUGACAAAUCCUGUAUAUGAAAGUAUCCUUGACUGAUCAGGGUUUUCUCACCAACGGUUGGCAGUUUUACUUUGAAAAUCUGAAAGCAUUCGGCUGUCUAAUGUUCCUGGUUGGGGAUGAAGGAAUGGCACCAAAUAUGAAGGCUCUUUAACUGUGAACAGCCCCGACACGAAGAGAGGAAAGCUAGUUCAGACGUCUGGGGCGUUGGCGGGCGACUACACGUUAUAGCGCCGCGUAACUUCACGACCGAUAAAAGACCAACAAACAAAAGUCGAGUACUCUGCCGGUAGCUGGUCGGUGACCUGGAAGGACUUGGUGGUAGACCUGUUGAAGGGGAAUGGGUUAGCAGGCGUUCUCAGUGUCGAACCACGGGGGUUAAGCUGGCACUUCUGUCGAGAAUGAUUGUAAAUCUGUACGUUCCCCUGUAAACUGUUUCUGUGGGGAUUUCCUGAACACAUUAAUAAACAUGAUUUGAUCCAACA